AUGACGGCCACUGUCAAAGGUGCUUACCGUGUGGGACAACUCGGCACCUUAACCUGGAGCACUGCAAAAGAGUUAGGAGAGCUGAGCAAAACCCUGUCCCUGCCAGACCAGCUCCGAAACCUCCAGGAACAGCUUUAUAAUCUGCGCUGGAGCGCAAAGGAUGUCACUGAGCGGGCUCUGCAGGAAGGGCUGAAGCAGGCAAAGCUCCCAGGCGUUACCGGACGGGCUGUUCACGAGAUAAUCAAUCAAGCUUUGGAGAAGCUGGAAGAAAUGCAGGUCCCGAUGCCGGAUUACGCCCUGAAAUCAGCAGGGGCAGCCAUCAUUCUUUCCAAGACUUCUCCAUCCCUCCGGACUGCCAAAGCCAAGGUGUUCUUGUACUCGCUGCCGGUGAUGGAUUACAUGAGGUCUCCUGAGCUGAUUCUGGAGCCGGACAAUCAUCCUGGCAACUGCUGGCCCUUCCCAGGGAGUCAGGGACACGUCUUCAUCAAGCUGUCCAUGCCGGUCAUUCCGAGAGCUGUCACCAUGGCCCAUGUCUCAGGGACGGCGUUCCAUGGAGAAAGCAUCUCCGGAGCUCCCAAGGACUUUGCUGUCUAUGGCUUCAAGGAAGAACACGAGGAGCAGGGAACGUUCCUGGGACAGUUCACUUUCCUGGCGGCGCUGAAUCCCAGUCAGACCUUCCAGCUGAAGAACGAGCUCCCUGGGGUCGUGAAUUACAUCAGGCUGCAAGUGCUGAGCAACUGGGGCCACCCGGACUACACCUGCCUGUAUCGGUUCAGGGUGCACGGUGAUCCGCCCAGAGAUGGGGGAGACACAGCAGUUGCAUCUGUCAAUAAAUUCCAUUAA